UGGUCUGGAGGAGAUGGUGGAAGAACUCAAUAGUGGAAAAGUAAUGUAUGCAUUCUGCCGAGUGAAAGACCCCAACUCCGGUUUGCCGAAAUAUGUGCUCAUUAACUGGUUUGGUGAAGGCGUUAAUGACGUGAGAAAAGGAGCCUGUGCCAACCACGUCAGUUCAGUGGUCAACUUUUUGAAGGGUGCUCACGUGACAAUAAAUGCUCGGGCUGAUGAAGAUGUGGAGCCAGAGGCCAUUAUGGAGAAGGUGGCCAAAGCUUCGGGGGCAAACUUUAACUUCCAUAAAGAAGGGAGCAAGUUCCAGGAUGCAGGACCACAAGCUCCUGUGGGCUCCGUUUACCAGAAAACAAAUGCUAUGUCUGAGAUUAAAAGAGUUGGCAAAGAUAACUUUUGGGCCAAAGCAGAGGUAUGUAUUUCACUCAAUCCAGUUCACCUUGCUGCUGAAAUAUCAAUUGGGGAUUUGAGUUAGCUGGUGGGAGAUUUA